AUGUCGCUACUUGAGCAGCCACUCGAUAUCAUCGAGAGUAUCAUCGACUCCAUAGACAGCCGCGAGGACCUUCUCUCCCUAGCAUUGACGUGCGCUCGUCUGCGCGACCUCAUCCUUAAGGCACAUUUACCCUAUCGCCGAGUGGUCGUGUCUAUACACUUCAAACCCUUCCUCGAUCUCAUGAAAUCCCGCCCCGACCUUGCGAGCAGGGUGCGCGAGCUGAUGCUCGUCCGUACCACUCUCCAACAAACGGUUCCGCGUGGUUAUGCAUUUCGCAGGGACUUCCCCGAGUCCCGCUUGCUCUUCGCUUCGGGAUACGACGACGAGUUUUUAUACUCGAAACCUCUUUCCGAGAUGCCCGCAUUAGAGCGACAAGUGGACAUCUUAGACUCAGUGGGCGAUGCCCUGAGCUGUCUCACCCAUCUAUAUCGACUCGAAGUGCGCGGUGACCGAGGGUCGCCUGGGGAGCGCAUCUUGAUCUUCGAUAGCGGGCCGUUCAGUAGAGCCUGUCUCGAUGGCACGCGAAAGCCAGAGUCGGUCGAAGAUAUGUCAGCGUUGGCCCCGCGUGCGAUGUCCGUGCCGGAGAUAUCGGGCCCACAUUCGCUGGAAAAGUUACAGCCUUCACUGCGUGCUCUGCACAUACAACGUUCAAACAUCUCGAUCGAGGGCUACAAGCUGCUCGACCUGCUUGCCGAGUCAUUCCAGCAUCUCGAGGAACUUGCUCUGCCAGGCAGCUUGAGUUUCAGGGUUCCUCUGACAGACGAGGAGAAGAGCACAUACGAGGAAGGAACCGCCCCGGAUUCGCAUUUCAUUCGCAGGAGACCGUACCUUGAAGAAGUCAUCGAGCGGCUGCACGGGCUGCGCGCUGUGGCCGGCGUAGCACUGGAUUCUUUCAACCUAGGCGGUCCAGCCCGGGCACUGCGCGACUUUUACCACGCAGUUGACGCCCCGCAGAUCCAACUCGACAACCGAUGGCUGAUGAUAUUUCUCGCGACUUCACGUCCUCUCUCGCGUAUACGCGCCAGCUAUCCCCUCCUUCAGGGUGUCAACUGCUGGCGACUCGACGAUGACAUCGCACAGGAGAUUAACAUGACCUUAACCGAGACAUACGAACUUCGACGAGGCGAGGAGUACAUCACGCUCACGCGAAGAAGUAUCACUUCCACGGCCCAUCCCUCGAACAUAUUACUGGGAUUAGGCUCUGUCUUUACGCCUGCCAUGUGA